AUGGGCGCGGGAAACUCGAAGGAGAACCUGAACUCAUUUUUCGGCAAUUCGAGGAAGGCCACUAUGUCUGGCGCUUCGAAAAACGUUUCCGUGUUACUGGGAGCACAAUGGGGAGACGAAGGCAAAGGAAAAAUCAUCGAUUAUCUCAUUGAAAGACAUGGUGUCAACGUCACCGCAAGAUGCCAAGGAGGAAACAAUGCCGGGCAUACGGUAGUUGCGAACGGAAGAAAAUAUGAUUUUCACAUUCUUCCUAGCGGUAUUAUCAGCCCAACUUGCUUCAACGUCAUAGGAAACGGGGUUGUUGUGAACUUGGACGCGUUUUUCUCGGAGCUUGAGCACAACGGGAUUCUCUCGGAGCCUGGAUGGGAGAAAAGGAUAUUGAUUUCGAGUGAGGCUCAUCUCGUAUUUGGAGUUCAUUCUCAGGUUGAUGGACGUCAAGAGGACUCAUUGUCGACUCAAAACAAGAUUGGAACCACUAAUAGAGGAAUUGGGCCGACAUAUAGCUCGAAAUGUUUCCGAAACGGAAUUCGUGUUGCCGAUUUGAUGGCCGAUUUCGAGGCGUUUUCGGAGAAGUAUCGUCGUCUCGUUGAGCAUUACAAAAAGCAAUUUCCGACAAUCGAUGUGAAUGUUGACGAGGAGCUCGCUAAGUUCAAGAGGCAUCGUGAGAAAUUGGCGGAAUUGAAGCUUGUUGGUGAUACCGUUGGAUUCUUGCAUGAACAGCGCGCUGCCGGCAAACAAAUUUUGAUUGAAGGAGCCAAUGGUGCUCUUUUGGAUAUCGACUUUGGAACUUAUCCUUAUGUGACGUCGUCGAAUUCGACUGUCGGCGGAGCGUGCACCGGUUUGGGCAUUCCGCCAACUGCGAUUUCCAAUGUUAUCGGUGUCGUCAAAGCAUACCAGACUCGUGUCGGAACUGGACCAUUCCCAACCGAGUUGUUCGAUGAGACUGGCGCCAAAUUGCAGCAGAUUGGAAAAGAAGUCGGAGUGACCACUGGAAGGAAGAGAAGAUGUGGUUGGAUUGAUUUGUUCUUGCUUCGACGCUCGGCGAUGAUUAAUGGAUACACUGCUAUCGCUUUGACGAAAUUGGACAUUCUCGACACGUUUCCUACUAUCAAAGUUGCUGUGGGUUACAAAUUGAACGGUGAGAAGCUGACGUGUCCGCCAGCUCAAGCAAACGCUUGGGAGAAGAUUGAAGUUGAGUACCUGGAGCUGGAAGGUUGGCAGCAGCCAACAGUCGGUGUUAGGAAGUAUGAAGAGCUGCCGGAGAAAUGCCGAAAGUACAUUGAGUUCAUUGAGGAUUUUAUUAAGGUGCCGAUUGUCUACAUUGGGGUUGGAGCCGAACGCGAGUCCUUGAUCAAUGAUUGCAGUUUUGAAAAUGGAAUGAAGAUUUUAGAAAUGAUCGAUUCUGAGAAUAAGAUUGUUGACGACGACAAGGAGAAUAAUGAUUUACGCUCGGAAUCGUCGAUAUCGGAUUGCACGUUUAAUUCGACACUGAACUCGCAUAGAGUUGAGAAUCAAGAUGCGCAAGUGUCGAAAGAGGGCGUAUUGGAUUUGUCGAAUCUUUCCUUAACCAACAUAUCAAAUUUACUGAAAGCUGAGUAUUUAAAGGUGAAUGCUCAAGACAAUCAUAUUCGAAAGUUUCUCGCGACUUCUGUAAAUAGGACACUAAAAAUCUUGAAUUUAUCGAAUAAUCAAAUUAAACAUGCCGUCGAGUUUAACCGAUUCGAGAAUCUCGCCAAACUUGAUCUAUCGUGCAACGCAAUUGAGGAAACGUUCGCGUUGAGCCUUAAAAACCUCGAAUAUCUCGAUGUGAGUGGAAAUAAUUUGUCAGAAUUUCCCGAUCUGAGCAAAUGUACAAAAUUGAGCACACUGAAUAUUUCAACUAAUCGCUUAACAAAUCUUAUGAAUCUCGGACAUCACGUGUGCAGCGAAUCACUAACACGUCUCGAUCUCUCCUCGAAUCAAAUCGAUGAUCUCUCACAAUUUGCUCUUCUUGCCCCGUUUACGAAUCUCACACAUAUUUAUAUUGCCAACAACAAAUGUCUUGAUGAGUUCCUGGUGGAUCCAAGCUUCGAAGUGCGCGCUUAUAUUGUCGCAUGUUUGACCGAAAAACUCGAAAUGAUUGAUGAUAUCGAAAUUGAGGAUCGCGUUCGGAUUGAAGGUGAAUGGCUGUUCAUUCAAGGCCACGUGCGGAAUAUUCGACCCGGGCAUCAUCGAGAACUUUGCGAAUAUAUUGCCACUCAUUUACCAUUGCAAGCCGAUAACGGACCAUUGACGCCGGCGCAGAAGACGUGUCAUAAGGUUCUACAAAAGCGGCGUGAGAGUGGAUCCUCGCAAGCCAACUAUUCGGAUCGGACGACCGGUUCGAUUUAUUCGCCGUUUUCGGAAUGGAAUGAAAAAGCGCGGAGGGGAACGAUCGAUCAGCACUCUGAAAGAAAUCGUUCCGAAGCACUGGCAAAGCUCAACAAAAGCAUUGAUUCGAUCGUAUUGGAUGACAAUCAGCCAAAGAGAGAUGAAUUCAAGAAUACUCGAAUUUUGCCCAGUUCGAUUCGACAAUGCUCGCCGCCGAGGUCUCAGCGAAACUGGGAGCCUGCUUAUAAAAAUGAGUCAUCUAGUCAAUCGACGAUUUCUCGAACGAACUCCAUUGAUUCGACAUUGACUGUUGUUCUAUCUUCGGCGAGAGCGGAAACUUCGAUUUCGAUUGAUGAUCAGAAUCAAAAUACACCGACACCGUCCAAGGAGAUGUUUAGAAGCGCCGAGUCUGAAUCUCAACCACUUCCCCGAGGUCCCAGUGUUGCUGAUGUGUCGACAAUAGACGAUCAGCACGAGACGAAACAAUCUAAACUCGAGAAACGUGUUGCGUUUCUUGAGGAGCAGCUGAUGAAGCUUGUCGAACAGAAUGAGAAGCUCACCGAAAAGAACGAGGGUCUCGUCGAUUUUUUGGAGAAUUUCACGCGAAAAUACGAAAGUGAUCAGGAGGAGAUGAAAACGACGCUGAAGAACGUUGUGCCGACGCCGAGGAAUUUGACGUUCUCGCCGUUGAAAGAUGAGGAUAAUACUUAUGUGCUGCGUUGGGAAAUGCCCGUUGUUCAAGGCUACGAGAUCGUGAUUGAUGGAAAACAUUGUGGUCAAGUAAUCGGCAAAAAUAAUUCGGCGCGAAUUACGGAUUUAGACGAACAUUCGUCGCAUACGGUUCAGAUUCAGCCCAUCGGUUUUGGUGGAAUUCGCGGCGAGAAAUCGAGCAUUCUUCGCAUUGGCGCCGCCGCGCCCCAAUGA